UGACAUGGACAGGCAGAAGCCUAAUUCAAUGAGAAGAAAGAACCGGUCGCUUUAGUCCUAUGGGGUGCGACAACACAGAACAUGAGGGUCUUUCCGGAUCUUCGCACGCCCCUGGGUGCUCCAGCCCAGAAGUGUCGUAGCUGAGAGGACCAUCUGCGCAGAGCAUAUGGAGGGCCGAGGCAGCAAGAGUCACGCAAUCAGGGCCAGCUUUGGCUGUGCAGAGACACCUCUUCACCCCAUACCACAAGAGAUUGUAGAAUUCAAACUGUUUGAGGAACGGACAUGGAUAGGAACAUCUGGAAGAGUAGGAGAAGACGCGGGCAAAGCCGCCACCAGAGCCCUGCCUUGGGGCAGUGUGACUCCAGUGGGAGGUACACCACAGGGGCAUCUCAGAGCUCACAAGAUUCUGGCCACCAUGAUGCUGAGUCCCCGUCAACCUCGUCCCGCAGAACUGGAGAGUCUUCAGUGCCAGAACUUCCAGGUUUUUACUUUGACCCUGAAAAGAACCGAUACUUCCGUUUGCUCCCGGGUCACAACAACUGCAACCCCCUCACAAAGGAGGGCAUCCAGCAAAAGGAGAUAGAGAGCAGGAGGCUGCAGCUGCUGCAGCAAGAGGACAUGCAGAAAAAGAAAAUUACCAGAGUGGGAUUUAAUGCAUCUUCCCUCCUACGAAAAAACCAGCUGGGUUUUCUCAACUUCUCCAGUUAUUGCCGUUUAUCCCAUGAGCUGCGGGUGAGCUGCAUGGAGAGGAAAAAGGUAGAGAUUCAGAGCUCAGACCCUUCUGCUCUGGCAAGUGACCGCUUUAACUUCAUCAUGGCAGACACUACCAGUGACCGCCUCUUCACAGUGAAUGACGUCAAAAUCGGAGGCUCCAAGUACGGCAUCAUCAACCUGCAGGGUCUCAAGGCCCCCACGUUCGAGGUGCACAUGCAUGAAAACCUGUACUUUACCAACAGGAAGGUGAACUCUGUGUGCUGGGCCUCACUCAAUCACUUGGACUCCCACAUACUGCUGUGCCUCAUGGGCCUUGCAGAGACGCCAGGCUGUGCCACCUUGCUCCCCGCUUCACUGUUUGUCAGUAACCACCAAGCAGGUACAGACCAGCCUGGCAUGCUCUGUAGUUUCCGGAUCCCUGGGGCCUGGUCCUGUGCCUGGUCCUUGAACGUCCAGGCAAAUAACUGCUUCAGUACAGGUUUGUUUCGGAGGGUCCUGUUGACCAAUGUGGUGACAGGACACCGGCAGUCAUACAGGAUCAACAGUGAUGUCUUGGCCCAGCAGUUUGCAGUCAAGACUCCUUUGCUGUUUAAUGGCUGUCGUUCUGGGGAGAUCUUUGCCAUUGACCUGCGUUCUCCAAGUCAAGCCAAGGGCUGGAAGGCUACCCAAGUUUUCCAUGACUCAGCCGUGACCUCUGUGCAGGUCUUCAAGGAGGAGCAAUACCUGAUGGCGUCAGACAUGGCUGGAAAGAUCAAGCUGUGGGACCUGAGGGCCAUUAAAUGUGUGAGACAGUAUGAAGGUCACGUGAAUGAGUACACCUACCUGCCACUGCAUAUGCAUGAGGAGGAAGGGAUCCUGGUGGCAGUGGGCCAAGACUGCUACACACGGAUCUGGAGCCUCCACGAUGCCCGCCUGCUCAGAACCAUACCCUCCCCAUGCCCAACCUCCAAGGCCAACAUUCCCAGUGUGGCCUUCUCUCCCCGGCUUGGGGGCCCCCGGGGCGCCCCAGGGCUGCUCAUGGCCGUCCAGCAGGACCUGUACUGUUUCGCCUACAGCUCGUCCUGUCCAGACAGUCAGGAGGAGGGCAGGUGGGAGCUCCCUUCUGUUUCGAAUGAGGACAUUUUAUAAAUGGUGCUUGCUGUAUGCAAAUGGAGUCCUUCAGCCUCGGAGGGCAGAAUGCAAAGCGACUGACAUGGGGGGCUGGAGAGAUGGCUCAGUGGUUAAGCAAUGGCUGCUCUUCCAGAGGACCCAGCUUCAAUUCCCAUCGACCAACAGGCACCUCACAACCAUCUAAGACUCCAGUUCCAGAGAAUCCAGCCCCCUCUUCUGGCCUCCUUGACAGCAGGCAUGCGUGGGAUAUGGAUAGAACACACAGGCAAAAUACCCGUACACAUAAAAUAAAAAAUACAUUUUCUUCAAUUUUCUAAUUUUGCCAAAGUAUAUUAUGUGGAGUAAUGUCAAUAAAGGCUCAAGAGUAAUGAAAGGCCUCACCAUAAAA